UUGACGCGACUCGCCGAACGGGACCAUCGUGGCUACUCUUCCAUGCUCAACUUUAGCUCAAUGCUCAGACUACCCCAGAUCGAGCGACGCGAGAGCGAUUCAUGCUGACGCACCUAGAGCAAGGAAAAGCCUUUCGCCAUUUCCUACAGGCCCUGUUUAGAUUGUGAAGGUGGACUGGCGCUGGCGCGAACCAUGCUAGACCCCGCAUCUAACCUUCAGCAAGUCCGCUGUAUCGCCCUCGAGCGUGUUGUUAUAUCUAUACCCAGCGCUCGCCGACUCAUGCAGACCUUCCUUCAUACCCACUACGCUCGACUCGAGUACCCGUGACCACUUCAUUCUCACCGAACCCCCACGGACCACUACUGAGAUGCGUUCACGAACCGGAUGCCUCACUUGCCGGCAACGAAAGCUCAAGUGUGAUGAGAAGAAGCCCGUGUGUGGACAGUGCAUUAAGGCGUCGAGAGAAUGUAUCCCCAGUUCUGGGAUAGUGUUCCGUCACCAACACAAUGCCUCCAUGAACGGCGACGACUCUGGUGAUGAGAACUCCCUAAAAGGAUUCUACUCAUACAAGAACACAUUUGAAGAUGAUGCCAUCUGGUUGGAUAUUCCCAAGAAUGUCACCUUCAUCAACACAACAAAUCCCUAUCUCGAUCCCGCAACACCAGAUUUUGAGACCAUGUCUGUUGGCUCAAUGGACUCACCCGCACCCUUUCAACCUCGAUCAAUCAGCUCAUGGCCAACAUCCGGGAGCCUUCAUUCUGUGACUAGCACACCCAGCAUGGGCCCUGACAUGGGACCCACCAGCAUUCCUAUGUGCUAUACUCCAGAGCUUGAUGCGUUACCGCCUUUGAUGCAGUCGCCUGCAACAUCAACAGUCAACACUCCCAUCUCACCACCAGCGUCGUUAUGUAAUCGUCGCAUCCACCCAAUCAUGGACUGGUCUGGUGCCAUGACACCCCCACCCAUUGAUCCUCGCCUUACAUCAUCAUUCGAUUCCAUGACAGAGUAUAUGCCGCGAUCUUGUUCAAUGUCAAGCUCGCGUCAGUCACCUCCACGGUCUAACAGUGAAACAAUGAUGUCGAAAGAUCACGAGGUCUCCUUUUUGUUGCGGUACUUUUCCGAGGGUCCGGGACGCUGGAUGGACCUUUACGACAGAGAUACCUACUUCACCUCCUAUGUACCAAUACUGGCGCGGGAGAACGCUUUGCUCAAGAAUGCCGCUGUCGCAUGCGCCGCAAAAGCCCUUGCCCAGGUACAAGGUUGUAAGUACGGCGGAUCCAGGUGCCAAGGCAAAGUAGAGGUCUACCCUGGGUCCUCAUUGGUAGACUGGAAGCACAAGGCAGUGGUCCACUACGACAACGCCGUCUCACUUCUACUCCGAGCUCUGAAAUCCGAUACGACCAUCACACCUGACGACUCAGACUGCGAGUUCCGCCAUAAGCGACGCCGGACAUCAAGCAGUGCUUCUUGCGCGUCUAGCACCGAUGAAAUCUUGGCGGCAGCGGCUAUCCUCUGUGUCUAUGAGUUCCUAGACACAUCAACGGUAGAAUGGGCCAAACACUUAAGCGGAGCCAAGUCUCUUCUUGUUCACUCACAGGAGCGCAUGAUGCCAAUGCAGAUGCAGUCACCAGGCUCGCCACUCUCAACAUCCAGCCUUAACUUCACUUCCAAGGCUCGACGAUCUAUUUUCUGGAACAUUGCCCGACAAGACAUGUAUGCUGCUUUCAUCAAUAAGAGCCACACACACCUCGAUACUGAAGACUUCACUCUCUGGAGGGAAGCUGGCUUACUCAUCGAUGAUCAGGGAUUAUUAGUGCCCAACAACUUCAUCGAGAACGACUACUUCGAUGAUGCCGCCAUCUGUAACGCCUUGAUUUGGCUGAUGUCGAAACUAAUCAACUUCAUGGCAGCUGGAGACGAGGUUCCGACAGAAGUGGGAAUGGGCUGGACCGGUAUUCCCCAAUCGACACUACUGGACUACUGGUACCACCUACGCAAGCAGUUUCAGGCAUGGUACGACAGCCUCCCAGUAACUUUCAAACCUUCCAGCCGCAUGGAACCCACCCUUGCACCUGGUCGACUUCUACGAGGAGAGAACGAGGCUUUGUUCCCCGAAGUUUGGUACAACAUCCCAAUGUGCGCCUCGACGAUGCAGGUCUACCACAUGAGCCAAAUUUUGUUGUUCAUGAACAAGCCGCAUGAGUCUACCCAAGGUCGUAGCACUGUAUGUGCUCGACUUAAUUCCUACCAGGAGGUCCUUGCAGCUUGCCAGAAGCACAGCCGCGAGAUUGUCGGUAUCUCCCUUGCACAGUCGGACGAUGUCGUACGUGUCUAUUCCGUGCAAGCUUUGUUCACCGCCGGACAAUGUCUUGGGGACGCUCGAGAACGCCAAGUCGUCCUUGAUCUCAUCCGCGAUGUCGAGACCGAUACUGGUUACGCAACUGAGUACCGAACUCGUCAGCUUACAGAACAAUGGCAAUGGGAAGCCCAGCAAACCGCAUUUGCCUCUUGAACCAUGUCAUACAUGGGCCUCUCCGAGAGAACUUCAGAUUAUUCAGCAAUCAUUUCAGCCACAUGAUACCCAUUGCGUUCAGAGACGCACUAUUACACCGUAGCCUUUUGGCGCGGCAUUCCAUAUCAGCAUAUACCAGGGGAUGUAACAUAGGACAGGGGGAGGAUACACAUGUCAGUCAGUUAGCGUGAGCGAGCUAGGGACAGACAGAG